AUGGAUCCACGCGCCAGGUAUCCUCCGGGCAUGGGCAACGGCCGCGGUGGGAACCCCAACUAUUACGGCCGCGGUCCACCGCCGCAACAGCCGCAUCAGCACCACCACCACCAGCAGACAUCGGGGGCGCAUCACCACCAGCAGUACGCGCAGAGGCAGCACCAGCAGCAGCAGCACCACCACAGCCACAAUCACCAUCAGCAACAGCAGCAGAACCACAGUCACCAGCAGCAACAGCAGCAGUGGCUGCGGCGGAACCAGAUUGCCCGCGAGGCCGCGGGCGCAGCCGUGACCAGCGAGCCGAAGGCCCUGGCGCCGCCCACGGCCGCCGAUGGCGUCGAUUCGAGUUCGCAAGAUUGGAAGGCCCAAUUGAAGCUGCCGCCUCCAGAUACACGCUACAGGACAGAGGAUGUUACAGCCACCAAGGGAAAUGAGUUUGAAGACUAUUUUCUCAAGCGUGAACUCCUAAUGGGUAUAUAUGAGAAGGGAUUUGAAAGACCCUCUCCUAUCCAAGAGGAAAGCAUUCCUAUUGCUUUAACUGGUAGUGACAUUCUUGCAAGAGCGAAGAAUGGAACUGGCAAGACUGCUGCAUUUUGUAUUCCUGCACUGGAAAAGAUUGAUCAUGAAAAAAAUGCUAUUCAAGUUGUUAUAUUGGUUCCCACAAGGGAAUUGGCUCUACAAACAUCACAAGUUUGCAAGGAGCUUGGUAAGCAUUUGAAGAUCCAAGUUAUGGUCACCACUGGUGGAACCAGCUUGAAGGAUGAUAUUGUUCGUCUGUACCAACCUGUGCACUUACUUGUUGGAACACCUGGGCGUAUUUUGGAUCUUACAAAGAAAGGUGUUUGCAUUUUAAAGGACUGUUCAAUGCUUAUUAUGGACGAGGCAGACAAGCUUCUCUCUCCUGAGUUUCAACCUUCCAUAGAACAGUUGAUUCGCUACCUCCCUGCUAGUCGACAGAUUUUGAUGUUUUCAGCAACAUUCCCUGUGACUGUUAAGGAGUUCAAGGACAAAUAUCUGCCUAAACCUUAUGUGAUUAACCUUAUGGACGAACUUACACUGAAGGGAAUUACACAAUUCUAUGCUUUUGUUGAAGAAAGACAGAAAGUUCACUGUCUCAACACCCUCUUUUCCAAGCUUCAAAUCAACCAGUCAAUAAUAUUCUGUAACUCUGUAAAUCGUGUUGAACUAUUGGCGAAGAAGAUCACAGAGCUUGGCUAUUCUUGCUUUUAUAUUCAUGCAAAGAUGCUACAGGACCACCGUAAUAGAGUUUUCCAUGAUUUCCGUAAUGGAGCUUGCAGGAACCUUGUUUGUACUGAUCUUUUUACAAGGGGAAUAGAUAUUCAAGCUGUGAAUGUUGUUAUCAAUUUUGAUUUCCCCAAGAACUCUGAAACAUAUCUCCACAGGGUUGGUAGAUCUGGGAGAUUUGGUCACCUUGGUCUGGCCGUUAAUUUGAUCACCUACGAAGAUCGGUUUAACUUGUACGCAGAUUUUCCUACUGCAGCUUUGUUGAACUUUUCUAUUCCCCACAUUGUUCUGACUGAAUACUGUUUCUGGGAACAGGUAUAG